AUGUCGACGGUCACCUGCAACGCGUGCAACGCGGGGUUCGACGACAAGGAGCAGCGGCGGCUCCACUACCGCUCCGAAUGGCACCGCUACAACCUCAAGCGCAAGGUGGCUGGAGUUCCUGGUGUCACAGAGGCUCUGUUUCUGGCUACGCAAUCUGCUUUGGCGGAGGGGAGCAAGCCUGCAAGCAUCCAAUGCUUUACAGCUGUGCUCUUUGUGGGAAGGAGUAUAGGAGCUCCAAAGCUCAUGAGCAGCAUCUCAACUCGCGAUCACAUCUUUUGA